GUGUAGGGUGGAAGGAAGGGUUGUUAUGGAGUGUGAAAUGCGUGUCUGGUAGCACUGCAAAUUCCUGGCGUCGCCGUCCACGCCCACCAUUUUGUAUCAUUGAUGGAGACGGUUCCUGAUUGGUGGAAGAUGGGUUGAGUGCCAAUCCCGAACGACAAGUGAUCCAAUUCAUGUGUUUUUGGCUUAAAUACACCCACAUUAGUUAACUUAUCCCAUUAUUGUCACUGGACCGCUCGUGGAUGGAGCGCGAGAAAUCUGAGGGGACCUGAGUUCGCCUGGAGGCUCUUUCGGGGCAGAUUUGCGGAGGGACUCGUGCCGCCCGCGUCGUCCGGGGAGUUCGCACGCUGAAGGCGGCCCAGCUGGAGGUCUGCUCUCAGGUCCUGCCGAGUGUUCCGAUACCAGGUUAGCAAGCCGCUGGACGCCCUGGCCUGGCCCGCGCCCUGCCACUUGUUGAGCAUGCACCGCGGAGAGCACUGAGGCCAGGCCGCGCCCCGCCGCCCCGUCACGCCGUGCGGCCCCCGCCACGCCACUAUGGAAAAGCUGACGGAGUUCGUGUCUAAAUCCUUCGACCCGACAAAGAGCGCCCUAAGCGUGCAGUACUUGGCACAGUCCGCGGCGAGGCCCGACCCGGUGCGCCCCGACACGCCUGGCACGGCCGAGGCGGACUCCCCGGCGGCCCAUGACCUGCGGGUGUCACUGCAGCACACAGGCCUGCCCAUGGGCCUGCCCCUCGACCUGCCCCGCUACCCCGGCGUGCCCAUCACCAGCGGCUGCCUGCCCUACCCUCUGCCGCUCCUCAUGACGCACCGCCCGCCGCACCUGCCGCACCUGUCCCUGCACCACCUCGCCUCCUCGCCCACGCCGCCCUCGCCGUCCUCGCCGCCGCGCUACGACCCGCCGAGCCCCAAGCGUCACCGGCGGGCCUCCGAGGACGACCGACGUUCGCCGAUCUCCCGCGACGAAGAGGAGGACGAGGAGGUGGACGUGGAGGCGCCUGACCACCCCGACGAGGCGGACUCCCGCCCCCCCAGCGACCCGCGCGCCGCGCCGGACGGGGACUCGUCGCAGGAGGCCAAGGGGCACGAGAAGGGCCGCGCCGCCAUCAAGCUGGAGCCGAGCGACGCCCUGCACGCCGCGGACACGCCUGCCAGCCGCUCGCAGGACGCCAUCAACAACAACAACAACGACAGUAACCCCGCCACCAAGACCGACGAGGAUGGCCGGGGCCGCCUCACGCCCGCCUCGCCCGCCGCCUCGCCCGUCGCCUUCCCACAGGGCGGCCUGCACCUUCCCGCCCUGGACCGCGCCCUCCACUCCCGCUCGCCCGAAGACGCCGCAGACCUCCACCGGCACGGCAGCACGCCUGGUCUGAGCGUUAAGCAGGAGGAUGACUCGCCCCUCUCUGCCCCCUCUGCCCCGUCAGCGCCCACGCCCAACCCCCCCAAGGCGCCCACCCCCCUCACGCCGCCCCCGCCCCCAACGCCGGGCAAGAGAGAGCACGAAGGGAAGGAGGAAACGUCACAUCAGAAGGUGAAGCAAAGACGUUCUCGCACCAACUUCACGCUGGAGCAACUCAAUGAACUGGAGCGACUCUUCGACGAGACGCACUACCCCGACGCCUUCAUGAGGGAGGAACUGUCGCAGCGCCUCGGCCUGUCCGAAGCGAGGGUACAGGUGUGGUUCCAAAACAGACGAGCCAAAUGCCGAAAACACGAGAGCCAAAUGCACAAAGCCGGCAUGCUCCUGUCUCCCUCCUCCGGCGCCGCCACUCCCAUGGGCGUCAUGACCUCCGGGGUGGGUCUGGCGGCCUCGGGGAGCGUCGGCGUGCCCCUGGAGGCCUGCCGCGUCGCCCCCUACGUGUCACCCCUUCGCCUGCACCCCCCGCCCUACGACCGCCUGCCGAGCCUCCCGACGCUGUCCCUCGACCCUGCGCUCCUGUCCGCGGCCCACCAGUACGCCGCCGCCGCCGCCGUGUCCCUCGGCAUCACGGGGUCCUCCAGCACCAGCAGCAGCACCAACAGCAACACCAACAGCAGCGCGGGGACUGGCGGCAGCAGUAGCAGCAGCAGCAGCAGUAACAGCUCCGCCAGCAACCCUCUGACCACCCCGCCGCUGCUCUACUACCCGCACCCAACCUACCCGCUCGCCCUCUCCGCCCUGGCCGCCGCCGAGAGGGUUUCCUCCAAGAACUCCUCCAUAGCCGAGUUGAGGAUGAAGGCACGCAAGCACGCCGAGGCUCUGGGGCUGACCAUGCCGCAGACUUAAGGCCCAGAGACCCUUCCAGCGUGUUUACGAGUACCGGCGUGACGUGGAUUUGGUGCGUGUGUGUAUAUGGGAUGAACUGGAAAGACUGGAACUCAUCAUGCCCCAAACUUAAGGCCCAGAGACCCUUCCAGCGUGUUUACGAGUACCGGCGUGACGUGGAUUUGGUACGUGUGUGUAUAUGGGAUGACCUGGAAA